AUGACUGGUCAUCGCCCACUCAGCUCACCCGCCGCCCCCAAGCGGCCUGCGUCGGUUGGAUCGAGCCAACAAUCCCGUGCACACCGGAAUCGACUGAGGAAAGCCGCUUCGGACGCAUCGCGCAAAGGCCGGCCCAAACCUCUCUGGAAAAAAGAAGACGGAGACGUGGGAAACUUGGAGAAAAUGUCGCCCCCUCCUCUGCCCGGUACAGCUGUAACGAGUGAUGAUGCCAGGCACGGGAGCGGUGCUGGGGACAGUCUUGCUGCGAGGCAACUAUCUGCUGGAAGUGAGAGUUAUUACGGGGAUGAUGUCACAGAAAACGCACUGUCCGAUUCCUUCCCCAGUCCUCCUGCAGCACCAGUCAGAACCGCACUCGCUGGUGAUGGCGCUAGAGAAAAUGCGGCCCGGAAUAGGUCCAGCUACCCGGCUCCAUUGUCGGUUCCUUCAAAGGGGCUCAAUCCGCACGACGUGGUGAACUACUCUUUAGAGGAGGACACUUUGCCUCCAUCGAACCAAUCGAGGGGAGACAACACUCAAUCCAGGCUCUUUCUGGAUGACUCAAGCGAUGAGGAAGACAGCGGGGAGACCCAAGAAACCCAAGUAACGCCGAAGCGGAACAGUGGAGGGUCGCUCAGGAGGAAGAGAGCAUAUUCUCACGGCCUGCGCGACUUCAGUAACCCGAAACAUCGAUGGAGUGUGCAAGAGCCCGUGGAGGGGUACCACACGCCGGACGGCAUACCGGGUGGAUACAACGGAGGGAGCGGCCAGCGGUCUUACCUCAUCGAAGACAGUCCGGAGCCACCGAGCCUUGAGGGGGUGGUUGACUUGAGGAAGACUGAAGACACUACCUACCACUCACGGUAUGCCCCAGCUGUUACCCACGAAACGAUACAACCAGAGGUGCACGAAAUCCGCGAGGAGCGAAUUUUUCGAGAGGUCCAUACGCAUGAUGUGUUUCAUCGCAUUCUUCCAAUAGUCGACGUGGAGGUGUUACCAGCGCGCCAUUUCCUGCGCAACGAGGUUGGUGGGCUUCAGGAGAUUCCCGAAGAACAGAUUCCUGGACGCAGCUCCGACAACCGAGCAAGGAACUGGUUAGUCGCCGAGACAGUGUCCAAACGAAGAAACGAUGCGACGACAAGGACCCCUCGUAAAUUCACAGCUCGGGCAUUCACGGGCACGGAAGGUGACGAGGUGAAGUACAUGACAGAAGAGGGAUUCGAGAAGACCGAGACCACAUGGGUGCACCAUCCGACCAUCGAAACGGGUGCCAGGGACUCUGGACAGACGGAAGCAUUGUACGUGCCUUCGCCGAACGCAGGCAAACACCAAGAUGCGAGCGAUGAGGCACCCAAGUCACUAAAGGACCUCGCUGGUGGAAUUCGAGAUGUCCCGUUUGCCGAAUGCGCUGAAUUUGAGGCGGCAAACGAGCAGAUGAAGACACUGCACAUCAAGAGCGAUUCUGGUGUUGGACGGAUACAAUGA